GUGGGAGAUUCGGCGACUGACUGGAUCAUCGCCACCCCCGACACCGAUGUGUAUAUGGAGGACUUCAGCCGACACAACGAGGACAUCGAGGGCUUCCGUCUAUCCGACCGUCGUGGUGGAGGUCCCCACGGCAUCGACCCGCAGGAUGUCUACCGGUUCCGCCAGGAGCCAGAGGGAGCCCAUCUGCAGGGCCUUCGAGAUGAGGCCAGGUUGUUGGCGCGCUCUGAGGCUGCUCGCGGUGGAGGUGCUCCCGCAGGCAAUGCCGACCUAUGGUAUGCUAUCGAGGAGGCGCCAGGCAUUCAGACGGGCAGCGUCGUUCGCCUCACUGAGGAGGCAGUCAUCAGCGGCGACAGGGCGAUCCACUUCUACGUGCAUGACGGCGUGGAGAAGAGGGUUUUCUGCGUCAGAUGCCCAGCUGCUGAUCUGGCCGAUGUGAAGAAGAAGUUCCGCAUCGAGACGGACGACGACUGCGACGCGCGGACCCUGCCCAUCAAGAGCGUGGCGGGCCAGCGCAAGCGGGACUUCAGCGACGCGGUCGAGAAGAUGGAGCUCGUGAGUUUCUCGGACUGGGAGAAGCACAUCCCAGGCCCGAGGACCACUCGCUGGUGCCUGGACUUCUUACGAAGGAGGAACGGGCCUCUAGCACACCACGAGUGGUGGAAGUCCACGGCCAAGCUGAACAGCGACGACUACGGCGUCUCGUUCCACGAGGCUGUGCUGCGUGCCGUGCAAACAGGCGCGGAGUACGAUCAGCUGGACCUGGUCAACUUGGCAUCGAUGGAGCACUUGCUGCGCUCGGCCCAGCUGAUCGAGUAUUAUCAUCGAGAACGUACCCGACAGGAGGGUGCGGCCAGCUCCAAGACGGGAGUGGACAUGGAGGAGCAGACGGUCAUGCUGGGAGUCCACCAGAGCCAGGGCAACCUGAUGAUCGCCCCCGAUCUGAUCACGUACACGUCGAAGGAGCUGGAGCGGAGGCUGACUCUGCUCUUGGGCCUUCGCAGCUUCGAGGGUGCCGAGCUGUCCAGCGACGCUUCAGGAGAAGGGAGCACGUCGAUGAGAAGGUUGCUGCCCUGGGUCGUGCACUCGCGGAGCUCGAGCGAGGUGAUGGCCUUCCUGAGCCGGCUGAGGGCCGCGGGGCUCGUCGAGUUCAGUUUAACGGAUGGAGUCCGAACGGGGAUCUUUGCGGUUUGGAAGUCGGACGGGGUGAAGCAACGCCUCAGCCUGGACGCUCGGAUUUCCAAUUGUAGUUUUGAGGUCCCCGAGUCGCCCGACCUCCCCACGGCUAACGCUUUCUCGAGGUAUUUCACCAUGGAGCCCCUCAGUGCCACGGACUUGCAGAUCUCGGAGGUGUCUGGGGUCCCAGUGGAUCCUACUACUCGUGUUUACCCGCGGUUCAGGGCUGUACCUAUGGGGUGGUCGCACGCUGUCAAUGUCUGUCAGUACGUCGUCACUUCGUUGAUCCAGGAGGCGAUCCCAGAUAAGCACCACUUCCUGAUCACGGAUCGGGAGUCCCUCUCCGUGGGGGCGAUUCGGGACCUCUCGCAGUACUCGGAGCGCUGGCGUUAUCACGGGACCUCGGGAUCUGCCAGGACGGGGGCGCUGGAGGAGGCUCUCGGCGGGGCGCUGCCUGCAGGUGAGUUCUUGGAGCUGAGCUUCGCCGACGAGGGGCUCGUGCCCAACCUACCGAUCUCUGGGGAAGGCCUCGUGCGACCUGUCCGGCAAUUUUGUGCAGUGGCCCUCAGAGCUGAUGUUACGGCGGAUCUCAGGUGGGUCGUCUCCGAGCUCAACCCAGGCGAUCCUCCCUCGAGGAACAGGUCGGAGCUCGAGCCCUGGUCCAACACCCUCGACGCCCUCGCCGCCGCGUGGACGGCCAUCGAGACCAGCAAGUCGCACCCCGACGCGGAGGAGCGCAAGAAGGCCAGGCGCUCCCUGCAUGCCCUCGAGAGGAGGAGUCUCCAGGCCGUGAGCCGGUCCUUCCUCGAGCAGGGGAGUGUCUCUCGGACAGUGCAGCAGCAGUACAAGGCAGCGCUCGGCCGCUUCGUGAAGGAUCAGAGUAUCAGGGGCCUCUACGCGCUGGCCCGCACGCCCAAGGCGCUGGACCAGAAGCUGAAGUUCCACCUCGACGACCUCUACUUCGAGGGGGAGCUGAGUGGCGUAGCGAACACUCUAGUGGCGGCUAUCCGGUGGAAGUUCCCACAGUUUGGUCGCCAGGGGGGCCAGUCCUUGCCCGAGACUGCCCGAGCGCUGAUGGGCUUCAGCAAGCUCUCUCCGGCGGCCUCUCGGCUGCCGAUCCCAGCGACGGUGGUCUUCGGCCUGGCAAUGGUGCUGUGCUCGCUGGGCUUCACCCUCGCCGCCUUCGGGAGCCUCCUGGCCUUCCACCUCUACCUCAGGCCGUCGGAGUUGAUGCGCAUGAAGUGGAGGCAUUGGUCCCCGCCGUGCGGGGCAGGCCGAGGAGGGACCGACGGGUGGUGUCUGACGUUGCACCCUCGAGAGGACGGCGUCCAGUCCAAGGCAGAGGAGUUCGACGAGAACAUAUCGAUCGACGCAGACGGCCAUCUCAGUUUCCUCAAUCAGGUGAUGUCGGUAAUGCAUGCCAAGGCGAAGCGGGAGGACCGCCUCGACGAGCUGGCGGUGGGCGACCUCGGCGGCCGCUCGUUCCUCAUGGUCUUCAAGAUGGCGGGCGAGCGGCUUGGUCUUCCCAAGCCGCCAGUGGCGCACCAGCUCCGCCACGCAGGUCCGAGCUACGACCUGGCCCAGCGGAUCCGCCGCCUGGCCGAGGUCAAGGCUCGUGGCCGCUGGUCGGCGGACUCUUCCGUCAGGCGCUACGGCAAGCAGAACCGCAUCAACGAGCAGAUCGCCGCGCUGCCUGUCGCGGUGCGGGCCUUCUGCGACGACGCCUGGAAGAAAAUCG